CUCAGCUGCGCUCGCAGCUCGAGCCCUGCCCUCUAGGCCCGCCUAGGCCGCGGGGCUAGAGCGUGAGGGCCAAGCGCGCUGAGACCCCACCCUGUUAGCACCUGUGUUGCCCGGCCCCUACUCACAACCUUGGGGGGCGAGGGCCGCGUAGUCCCAGCAGGCAGCGGGCCGCCACGGCUUCCCACCGACCCGAGCGCUGGGAGGGAGUGGGCGCCGAGAGGGGGCGGCUUGAGGGUGCGCGGAGAGAGCUGUUCACUCGCAGGCACCCGGCGCCGCUGUGGAUGUGGCCACGCACCGCUCAGCCCGUGGGUUCUCUGAGAGCGAGGUCCGACGCCGCCACGCUGCAGGCGGUCCGGGCCCCCGGAAUCCCAGCGCCCACGGCUGCGACAAUGCUCGUGACCUCCACUGCGAAGUCACGGCCGCACGGCGACAAGAAGACCUCAGUGAGCCGUGGUACCAGGCACCCGUCCCUAUCCAGCCUGAUGUGACUCUCCUCUGCUGCUUGCUCUCUUCCUUCGCUCUCCUAGGACUAGCAGCGGAGGCGGCCGCAAAGCUGAGGCUCUCGCCCUACUGGGCAAGUUUGGGCGACCCGUGCUGAGGAGUGGUCAGGUUGGUCCGCCACCGCCAAGCUCGUCCCGGACCCGGUGCGUUUGCCCACAGCACUCGCCCCCCUCUGGCGGGAGAAAUGUAGAGAAGUCGGGGGUAGCCGUGUUGGCAGCUGACUAGCCCUAAAACGCUGGACGCUGCUGCCGCGAAAUGGGGAGCAAAGUGCUUGGGGGACUAAGUGCGGCCUCAGAGAUGCCGGGGAAGCGGUUCUCGAGGCCGAAGCGCGGCGAAGACGCGGCCGAGCUGGAAGUGUCUGCUCUGCGGGUCGGUGCCGUCGCCACCUAGGCGAGGGGCUGAGGGCGCAGCUCGGUAGCUCGCUCGCACAGCUCGUGGCCCCGCGGAGCCUUUUCAGUCGUUCGGCUCGCGCCGCACUGGCCGGAGGAAAGUUCCCGCGGCCCCCGCCCCCUUCACAGCUGCUGUGCCCUCGUUGCUUUUGGCUCUGCAAGAGUCCACUUCAGUCCGGAGAGGCGCUCGGGCCGUCAGAGCUGCAGGAGCUACCCGCCGCACCUGGUCCUCGUCCCUCCCCCGCUUCCGGCCGUGAGGCGCCCUCCCCCGCCCCCUCGUUCCCCUCCCCCAAACUACAGCCAGAGCUAGCUCCUGCGCGCACGCUCUCCCGGGCCCAAGGGAAUAGUCCUCGCGCGAGCGGGACACGGCGGUGGAUGCAAUUCCGCUCGCCUACAGCCGCCAGGAGCUCCCUGGCGCCUCAGGCAGCGUCCUCCUCCCAAGCAGCUGCGCCUGCCCCUGGGCAGCCUGGACCUUCGUGCCCUGCCCCCGGGGCCUCGCGCGGGGGGCGCCCCGGGACACCCUCUGUGGGCCGGGUGGAGGAGGAAGAGGAGGAGGAAGAAGACGUGGACCGGGACCCGUACCCUACGCGGAACACCUGGCUGCGCUGCUGCCACUUCUCUUUAAGGGGGAGAAGAGAGCCGGGGAGAGCCAUGGGGGGCAGCGAAGUCCGGGAAUUUCUUUUGCAAUUUGGUUUCUUCUUGCCUCUGCUGACAGCUUGGCCGGGCGACUGCAGUCACGUCUCCAACAACCAAGUUGUGUUGCUUGAUACAACAACUGUGCUGGGAGAGCUAGGAUGGAAAACAUAUCCAUUAAAUGGGUGGGAUGCCAUCACUGAAAUGGAUGAACAUAAUAGGCCCAUUCACACAUACCAGGUAUGUAAUGUGAUGGAACCAAACCAAAACAACUGGCUUCGUACAAACUGGAUCUCCCGUGAUGCAGCUCAGAAAAUUUAUGUGGAAAUGAAGUUCACACUGAGGGAUUGUAACAGCAUCCCAUGGGUCUUGGGGACUUGCAAAGAAACAUUUAAUCUAUAUUAUGUGGAAUCAGAUGAGUCCCAUGGAAUUAAAUUCAAGCCAAGCCAGUAUACAAAGAUUGACACAAUUGCUGCUGAUGAAAGUUUUACCCAGAUGGAUUUGGGUGAUCGCAUCCUCAAACUCAACACUGAAGUUCGUGAGGUGGGGCCUGUAGAAAGGAAGGGAUUUUAUCUGGCUUUUCAAGACAUUGGGGCAUGCAUUGCCCUAGUUUCGGUCCGUGUUUUCUACAAAAAGUGCCCCUUUACUGUUCGUAAUCUGGCCAUGUUUCCAGACACUAUCCCAAGAGUUGAUUCUUCCUCCUUGGUUGAAGUAAGGGGCUCUUGUGUGAAGAGUGCAGAAGAGCGUGACACUCCUAAACUGUAUUGUGGAGCUGAUGGAGAUUGGCUGGUUCCUCUUGGAAGGUGUAUCUGCAGUACAGGAUAUGAAGAAAUUGAAGGUUCUUGCCACGCUUGCAGACCAGGAUUCUAUAAAGCAUUUGCUGGCAACACAAAGUGUUCUAAAUGUCCUCCACACAGUUUAACCUACAUGGAAGCAACUUCUGUCUGUCAGUGUGAAAAGGGUUACUUUCGAGCUGAACAAGACCCACCUUCCAUGGCAUGUACCAGGCCACCUUCAGCUCCUAGGAAUGUGGUUUUUAACAUCAAUGAAACGGCCCUUAUUUUGGAAUGGAGCCCACCAAGUGACACAGGAGGGAGAAAAGAUCUCACAUACAGUGUAAUCUGUAAGAAAUGUGGCUUAGACACCAGCCAGUGUGAGGACUGUGGUGGAGGACUCCGCUUCAUCCCAAGACAUACUGGCCUGAUCAACAAUUCUGUGAUAGUACUUGACUUUGUGCCUCACGUGAAUUACACCUUUGAAAUAGAAGCCAUGAAUGGAGUUUCUGAGUUGAGUUUUUCUCCCAAGCCAUUCACAGCUAUUACAGUGACCACGAAUCAAGAUGCACCUUCCCUGAUAGGUAUGGUAAGGAAGGACUGGGCAUCCCAAAAUAGCAUUGCCAUAUCAUGGCAAGCACCUGCUUUUUCCAAUGGACCCAUACUGGACUACGAGAUCAAGUACUAUGAGAAAGUCUACCCACGGAUAGCGCCGGCAUUUUGGCACUACCUGCGGGUAGAAGACCAUGAGCAGCAGCUCUCCUAUUCCUCCACGAGGUCCAAGGCCCCCAGUGCCAUCAUCACAGGUCUCAAGCCAGCCACCAAGUACAUUUUUCAUAUCCGAGUGAGGACUGCAACAGGGUACAGUGGAUACAGUCAGAAGUUUGAGUUUGAAACAGGAGAUGAAACUUCUGACAUGGCAGCAGAACAGGGGCAGAUUCUCGUGAUAGCCACCGCGGCCGUGGGAGGAUUCACUCUCCUCGUCAUUCUUACUUUGUUCUUCUUAAUCACUGGAAGAUGUCAAUGGUAUAUAAAGGCCAAAAUGAAGUCAGAAGAGAAGAGAAGAAAGGACUUACAGAAUGGGCAUUUACACUUCCCAGGAAUUAAAACUUACAUAGAUCCAGAUACAUAUGAAGACCCAUCCCUAGCAGUCCAUGAAUUUGCAAAGGAGAUCGAUCCCUCAAGAAUACGCAUUGAGAGAGUCAUUGGGGCAGGUGAAUUUGGAGAAGUCUGUAGUGGGCGUUUGAAAACACCAGGGAAAAGAGAGAUCCCAGUUGCCAUCAAAACUUUGAAAGGUGGCCACAUGGAUCGGCAAAGAAGAGAUUUUUUAAGAGAAGCAAGUAUCAUGGGUCAGUUUGACCACCCAAAUAUCAUUCGCUUAGAAGGUGUUGUCACAAAAAGAUCCUUCCCGGCCAUUGGGGUGGAAACGUUUUGCCCCAGCUUCCUGAGGGCAGGGUUUUUAAAUAGCCUCCAGGCCCCGCAUCCAGUGCCAGGGAGAGGAUCUUUGCCCCCCAGGAUUCCUGCUGGCAGACCAGUAAUGAUUGUGGUGGAAUAUAUGGAGAAUGGAUCCCUAGACUCCUUUUUACGGAAACAUGAUGGCCACUUCACAGUCAUCCAGUUGGUUGGUAUGCUCCGAGGCAUUGCAUCAGGAAUGAAGUACCUUUCUGAUAUGGGUUAUGUUCACCGAGAUCUAGCAGCUAGGAAUAUAUUGGUCAACAGCAACUUAGUAUGCAAAGUUUCUGAUUUUGGUCUCUCCCGAGUGCUGGAAGACGAUCCAGAAGCUGCUUAUACAACAACUGGUGGGAAAAUACCCAUAAGGUGGACAGCCCCAGAAGCUAUUGCCUACAGAAAAUUCUCCUCGGCAAGUGAUGCAUGGAGCUAUGGCAUUGUCAUGUGGGAGGUCAUGUCCUAUGGAGAGAGACCUUACUGGGAAAUGUCUAACCAAGACGUCAUUCUGUCCAUUGAAGAAGGUUACAGACUUCCGGCUCCCAUGGGCUGUCCAGCAUCUCUACACCAGCUGAUGCUCCAUUGCUGGCAGAAGGAGAGAAAUCACAGACCAAAAUUUACUGACAUUGUCAGCUUCCUUGACAAGCUGAUCCGCAAUCCCAGUGCCCUUCACACCCUGGUAGAGGACAUCCUUGUGGUCAACGGACUCCACAGCCAGUGCCCGUCAACAGAGCUCUCUGACUGUUCUAUGGCUGUAGACGCAGGCAGAAUGCCAGACUCUCCUGGUGAAGUUCCUGAAUAUCCUUUGUUUGUGACGGUCGGUGACUGGCUAGAUUCUAUAAAGAUGGGGCAAUAUAAGAAUAACUUCAUGGCAGCAGGGUUUACAACUUUUGACCUCAUUUCAAGAAUGAGCAUUGAUGAUAUUAGAAGAAUUGGAGUCAUACUCAUUGGACACCAGAGACGAAUAGUCAGCAGUAUACAGACUUUACGUUUACACAUGAUGCACAUACAGGAGAAGGGAUUUCAUGUAUGAAAGUACUACAAGCACCUGUGUUUUGUGCCUCAGCAUUUCUAAAAUGAAAGAUAUCCUCUCUACUACCCUCUCUUCUGAUUCUCCAAACAUCACUUCACAAACUGCAGUCUCCUGUCAGACUACGGGCACACACCCUUUGUUUAUGCUUCCAACCUGGACUUAAAAAUCACUCAUCCUAGCUCCUCUCUGAAUAACCUGCAAGUAAAACCCUGGCCCACUGCAGAUUAUCAUUACACAAUGGUAAAUAACUCAGCAUGGAUGUGUAACUUUGUAUAAUUGUAUUUCGGAAGUGUUCAAGGACUUAACCCAAAGGAAUUUGGGGUUAAUAAUGUAUUUAGAGUUUGAUGGUAGAUUAAAAAGAAAGAGUUGACCUUGCUUUCAUGUUUUGUGAUCGAAUAGCUUCCAAACUGACAUGAAUAUUUAUUUUUUAGAUAAUUAUAUUCAACUCUGUGGGUCAUAUCGUUAACUCUAUCCUACAAUACUUUACCUGUCGAAGCCUGAUGUUAGAAUUAUUUGCAGAAAAGACCAAUGAUUUCAUGUAGUGAAUUCUUGUCAAGUGUGACUGGGGUGAGAAGGAAGUUAUAAGGGAGGGUGAGGGAGAAACAUACUGUGCUUUUAAAACUUCUUAAGUCUUGGUUUGUCAUUUUUUAAAAUUAACUUUAUAGUGUCCUACAUAUUUCGUAGUAGGUGGCAGUUUAGAGGCAGGCUUUCCCCUCUAAUUUUUCACUAACUAUAAUAUAUUUCUCUACUGUGUUAUGAAGAUCACCCCUGGAAAGACCAAGAGUGAGUCCAUUGCUCUAAAGGCUAUAAAUAGAGUAAAGCAUGGAAUAAUCCAUGACUGUUUCCUUGGUUCAUCUUCACAAGUUUGCAAGAGUAAUUAUCAAAGCAUUAAGAAAAUUCUUCUCAGCAGAAUUGCUUUGAAUAAAAGAUCUACGAUUAUAGCCUUAGAUUAAAUGUAAAAAGAUUUUAAUUUAAACAGAAUUUUAUGAUAGUUACAUGGUGGCCCAAGAAAAUAAACACAUCGAACUGUCUAAUAUUGGUACAUUUUGCAAGUUUAAGAAUUUUUAUGUUUUGUUUGUAAAAAUAAGUUACACGAACAUGCUGAGCUGUUUUCCAAACCUUCCAAGAGACAAGUAUGCCGCUGCGUACACCAAAGAGGGUAUAAACGGAUCUAGCACAUGGGCAUAUAUGAAUUGUGUGUAACCUGAGUCCUUGAUACAGUAACAUAAAAAUGUAAACACAGCUAAGGUGUGUUGUUGCCAUAAUCUUCUGGAGGCUGCAAAAACAGGCAAAUAUACUUUUCAUUGAAUUAAGCUGAGUCAGCUUAUCAAAACAGUAAUGUCGUAUGAACAAAUUCAAUUAUAAAAUCAGCUGUUCCCUGUGAAACUAAAAAAAUAACUGCUGUGCUAGGUGGAAGAGUAGUGAGAAUGUCUUAAGAGAAAAAAAAGAGCAGGUUGUCUGAAGAUGCUGAUUUCAUAUAAAAAUUAAGUUUUAUUUGAUCUCGCAGAUAAAGGUACCCUACCCACAUCCUCAAAUUCCUACCUAAAUUACAUUUUUUGGUGAUAGUAGUUUUCUUGCUAUAAAAGGAGUCUUGAUUUUUUUUUCCUAUUUUAAGAUUUUUUGAUUGUCCCAUUAGACUAGUCCCUUCCACAUAUUUUCUUUUGUUGAUUUAUCUUCUGAUUUUUGCCUCCCACAGCUAAAAUUUUCUCAUUUCAAAAGAAACAGAGAGAGCUAGAAGGAAGAGUCUUUAAAGUAUUCCUUAAAGUACAAUAAAAAAGAAAAAAGUGGGAAAUCCAUCACUUUUUAAGUAAGUGUGUCAGAAAUAGCUAGCAACAUUUUCCAGCCAUCACCUGCAUGGUCAUGCAUCAUUCACAGACUGUCUGCAGUUUGCUUGUUACAUUUACACAAAUCUGGAUGCAUUUAGAGGAAAUAUAAAAUUUCCAUAUUUACCUAUCUUCAAAUAUAUAUUAAAUAAGAACAGAUGUAAAGCAGAUUAAAUUUAUUAAUCAUAUAUAUUUAUUUUUAUAAUACAACAAAAAACAUAUUUAGAAAAUAAGGAAUAGAAUAAUAUGGUCUUCCAUAGGACUCUGUCAGCAACAUCUGUAUACUUUGAUGAAAUAAAUUCUAUAAAGUAUUUAAACUUCUAUGGGAUGGGCAUUCAGUGCUUGCAAGAUUUAAAUUCUCUGUUAAGAAUUUUUUUCUUCAAAAAUCCAAUGAUCCUAUUCUAUAUCUGGUUAAUUCAUAGUUUUUUUUUCCUUCCCAAACAUCUUUCUGUAGUAUUAUAAAACUGCCUUUUCACUUUGUCUCUUACCCCCAAUCCUUUUUAAAAUUUACAUUUAUAUUACAUUUAUAUUUUUUGCAACUGUAAGCAUGAUAAUCUUUAGUGUAAAUUUGAACCUCAUCAUGGUCAGAGCAAGGUAUGCAAGAUUAAACAGAAACAUUAAAAAAUAAGUAUAUCUAUUUCUUUACUGCCUACCAAUCACGAUUUGAAAAUUUUACAUGAAAUAGUUUGAGAUUUACUAGUGCACAUAUUCAGUAAUUAAAGCUGUUUAAUAUUCAUAACAUAGAACAUAAUGAUAGAAAGAAAAUGAGUAACUUCCAUAAAUCACAAGCCUCCAAAAAUAAUCUUUAAUAACUAAAAUAUGCAUAUAUAGUCAUGUACCUGCUUUAUUUUAAAUUUCCUAGUCUAUACUACUGAGGGGCUUUUUAGAUUUUGAAAAUCAGACAGCUGAAGGAACCAUUUUUUAAAAUUUUCUACGUGGUCAGUUUCCAGCCUAUAGUCAACUCAUUAUCUCAUAGUAUAUAUAAGACAUAACUGGGAAAAAAUGUAAAAACAAUGUACAAUGAAGAAGAGAGAUUAGGUAUGUAAAUCAUUACACUAAAAAAGCCAUCAGAAGUUGCAAAGCUCUUGGUUUAACAAAAAUCAAGAAUUACAGCACUUUUGCACUGAGUUAUAACUUGAUAAAUAAGUUAUGCAUGCCAUAAUCAAGAAGGAUUUCUUAUUUCACUCUGUAUUACUCUUUAAAAUCUAUCCAACUAAAUACCUGAAAAAAAAAAUUUUCCAGCCACAGCUUUAAGGCCCAACUCAGCCCAUGCAUGGAAAACAAAUCCAAAUUUAAUCCUUGAAAAGCAGUCUUUAUAGGAGGUCUUCGGAAGAUGUGGUGAAGAAUGAAUUACAUUACCUAUCUCCCAGCCACAAUUUUCUUAAAAAGCCAUUUUUAUGUCUUUUCCUACCAAAUUUCUACUCUGUAAAGCAGUCAGUUAAAUCUCUUAUCUCAAAAUGUUUACCAAUACUAGGUAUUUUGGGUCCUACCACAUAAAUGGGAGCAUUUACACAUACAGAGGGUAUGAAUUCUGGCUUUUCAUUAACUGGAAAUUAAGUGCUUUGGAAAGUAAUUUCAAAAUGGAUGAAGAUGAUCCUUUCCUACUGCUUUAGCUAGGGAAAUGUGUUAUUAAUUUAAAAGAAAUAAAUAUUUUAUGAAUCAAAAACUGUUAUCAACUCACAGUUGUCGUACAUGUCUUUAUAUAACAAAGAGAUUAGAAGAAGAGAUAAUCACUUCUUUUAGUAUCAUCAACUUAACUUUUCCAAGUUCAAAUUCCAUUAAGUAUCAAAGACUCAUAUUAACUUUCGAUCCAAAAAUAUUUUAGUGCUUUUUAUAUGAAGACUCCAAAAGGUAGAGGAGCACACUGUGUCAAAUUGAUGGUAUUCUUCCAUUAGAGCACUGGGCACUGAAGUCAUCCAGCUUUUGGUUUUUAUGAUCAACAUUUUCAACAGAUUUUCAAUUUUUUAUAAUAAUGUUCAAUAAAGGUAGUGUAAACUUUAGUUCAUUUUAACAAAUAUCUAUAAGGUGUCUCCUACAUGCAUAAAAUUUUAUGGCAAAGAUGAGUUUGACUGUAGUGUCCUUACGUUCAAGUAACUCUUAAGCUUAAAACUUAGAGGUUAGAGCCUAUUUGCUAUGUUUGCUGUGAUUGCCAUGUCACUAAGGGCUAGUUCUUUCCACAGAACAAAAAUACAUUGAAUAAAUAAAACCUUGUCCAGUGUGAAAUAAAACCUUGUAAAAAAAAAAAACAACCUUGUCCUAUGGAAAGAAAUAUGUUGGACCUCAAAUUUUCCAUAGAACACUCCACACUUCCUCUGGCAGAAGGGAGCACACUUGCUGGAUUCUCUAAGAGAAUCUCUCUUGUUAACAGCUGAUCCUCCUCAGGAGUCACAUACUUCUAUUGUCCAGUGGCAUACUUUUCAGUUCAGGUGUAGGCUCACUACCUCAAAGGUACUUCCAGUUAGAAAACAUCAGCCAUUUUUCAAAAACGAUUCUGGGGUAAUCUCUUGCCCAAGCCAAUUCACUGGCCUUAGUAAAUGUAAUAAUGAGUAUACAGCUGAAAUGGUUGCAUAAAAUUCUUUCAAACAUGAUAUAUUUAACAAAGGAAAGAGAUGAUUACUCAUGACCAGAGCACAUUUAUUACUAGAUGAAAUAAAGGAAAAGAAAAAUCUUAUAUUCCAGAAGAAUAAAUACCCCAUCUUUCUCUUACUAUUCCCUUAAAAAGAUAAGUAUUAGACAAGGGUUUCAAAGAUUUAUGAGGAUAAAAUGUAUUUUUUUUUGUUAUAAGGGGAUGUGACGUGAUAUAUGUGUCUCCUGGGGGAAAAAGAUCCAGAAGAAGAUCCAAGUCAUCAAAAUGUAAUUUUAACUAAUCCUCUUUCAUCUGACUAAUAAUUAUAUCCAAUUUCAAAUUAAUGAUGGAUUUAAAUAAAAUGUUUAAAAAAGCAUAUUUACAUCUUAAUUGGAAGACUUAGGUUCUUUGCUCUUAAUUCAAAAGAAGUUAACAAAAAUCUGGUUGGCAUUGGCUUUUUUGGGAUAUUAGAAUAGAUUUAAAAGUCUAUUUUAGCUUAUCAGUAUUGAUUCAAAAUUAUUGUAUUUAAAAGUGAUACAAAAAAAUUAAAAGUAAACUUUUCAAUUACUAUGGAUAGCAAAGCACUACUAAAAAAUUAACUUCAUCUUUUGGAAAAGAAUCUGGCAAAUACAAAGUGUUGUAUUUCUCUUAAUGCUACCAAGUCACCUCCAUUUUAUUACACUUUUGCACUUAUCCAUUGAAAGCAAAGUUUCUUGCUAAACAAAAUAAAGAAGGUUCUUACUUGAAUUUCCACACUAGUUUAUCAGAAUACCAAAUCUCUAUAUUCUUAAGGGAAUUUUUUAUUUAUUUCAUUUAAAGGGGAAGAUCUCAAAGAAGAAUUCCACUACCUUUUAAACCUAAUUCAUCUUAAGAAUAUAAAAAGCGACGAAAGAUCUCUUUUAAAUGUAAUGAUAUAAAGAUGUGGUAUCUACUUUCGAUUAGGAAAUAAAGUACAGAUUAACAACACAAUUUCCUGGGAGUUGUAGAAAAGUACCAGAAUUAGUGAAAAUCUCCUCUCAAGUAAAGCUCUGUUCUCAUCCAUAUUCCUCCAUUAUUUGUAACCUCUGGCUAAUCUUUAAUUUGUCAUGAUAAACUUACUGUUGGUUAAGAUAAUGUUAUCAACUCAAACUGUAAAUCAGAACAACUGAGAUGUGACUUUAAGGUGUUCAACAAAAUAAUAAAAGGACAACCCUACUUCAGGAUUCUAAUUUAGUUAGCAUCAGAGUCUCCAUUUCAUUAGAGAGAGAUUGAAGGGAGAACUGUCUUUAUUCCAAAAUAAUAUAUUAUUUUAAAGAAAACUCCAAGGACAGGAGAACCUUCAUUUUUCAUAUAUCUAAAUCAAAUUUUAUAUUUAGUUAGGCAUUAUUAACUUUGAAGAUAAAUGUCCUUGUUUUCAUUGGUUAAAUAUGAGCUUUCAUGGCAAGCAAUAUUGAUGUGAACAUUACUAUACAGGUUUUUCUAUGUUUAUAGAUCAUCAUCCUUAGAACAGUCUUAAUUUGCCUUUGUUCUUGAAAGACCAAAUAUCAUUUAACUUUUUGAAAUCCUGAUAGAUGGAGUGAACAGUGCUAAAUCAUAAAGAUGAAUAAACAAUACACUUUCAAGAUUUUUACCUAAUUUAAAUUGUCCUCUUCUAUUGCUUUUAUAAUAAAUUAAAAGUCUCUCUUCCACAUUUAGUAAUUUGUAGAAUGAUAUCUAUGCAUUUAGAUAGAAAUUGUUUUUCUAAAAUUUUCACGUAAACACAUCUUCACUCAGAGAGAAGCCAGAAUAUAAUUAAUUAUAUUAGUUCAUUUUUCAAAGUAGUAACUAUGCUCUUUUUAGAAUUAUUUACCCAGUAUUAUCAUUUUUUAAGUUGUAAUGAAGUUUUUACUUAACUGUGCAUGUUUUAUUUAUUGCCACAUAGUAAUGCUUAAAUAAAUCUGCUUAAAAUUGUUGUCUUUAGAAGCUCUAUGACAAAAUUAAUGACCACUCAUUUGAUAACAGACUUGUAACUGAACAAGCUAUUUUAUGUUGAUGUGAUUGAUGUGAGCAUUGUUAAAACCAAUUUGUUUGAAAAUCCAUUGGUAUUUUAUCUAGAGCUAUUAUUGCAAUAUCUUCAAGAGUAUCUUUAAAAUAAUAGUGACAAUAUAAUAAUAAUAUUCGUGGACAAUAUAAAAAUAAACAGUGACUGAGGCUUUUUAAAAUUUCUGCGCUGCUUGGAAAAUAAGGUUUAACUUGCAUAAAUGUUUGUCAUGGAGGUUUUUAAUUUGCUUUAAUGGAUGUUGUUCUCCCUAUGCCAUAUGUAUGUAUUUAAAGAAAAUUGUAUUAAUAUAUUUAUACAAUGCAAAAAUCUCAUUUUCUUCUUACAGAUAUGGAGUUUUGAUAUAAUUUUAGGUGUUUUAGGCCUCCAAGAGAAAAAAAUCAAAAUGUGAGAUGGGAGCAUUUUUGUUUUUGGUGGGGCACAAUACCUGAGCGUUCCUAACAAACAUGAAUAUGGGUAACACUGGACUUUAAAGAUUACUAUAUGUGCUUUAUUUAUGAUACAUUAUUAAUGAUUUUGUUAAUCAUACUUCAUCAUUAGAUUGUGUCCUUGGAAAUUUGAAUAACUUUGCACAUUUUUCACAAACUAUACUUAGGUUUAAUUUUGUAUGCAGUAUAAACUUUGACAGCUUAAUUUUGACUUUUGAUGGAAUAAUUGUUAAUUAACAAGUCUAUGUUUCCUAAAAUGUUAGUUAUACCUUCUAAAAUAACCUUAUUUUUUAAAAAAUCACAGGCAGAGCAUGAAUGCAGAAGAUGAAAAUGGACCAAGUUCCAUUAAAACUGAGGAAAAGGCAAAAAGGUAAUAUAAAGUGGAGUUUGUGUUAAAACUAUUAAUUACCUCAUUAAAAAUAACAAAAAAUUAAUAGAAAACUGUCUGAAAAUUAUGUCAUGUUACUCUUACUGGUAAUUUUGAAGCUAAAAUGCAUUUUGAGGAUGAGAAUCUCUAAUAUAAAUAAGUCCACUAAUAUUUGUUAAAAUAUAUAUUGCUAUAUAAAAUUAGAAAGAAAUCUUACCAAAAUAUCAAAAAUUUAAAUUUAUUUUUUAAAAGUAUAUUAACAGACUGAAUGAUCACAAUUAUUAACAUUUCCAUACUAAUAGUUCUUUUGAUUUCUAAGACAUAUAUAAUUAAGAAUUUGCCUCCCAAAAAUUGAUUAGACUGUCAAAGCACUUUAUACAUAUCACUCCUAUUAAUAAAAAGUUUUUCCUUCUGCUUUAUUAAAUGUAAAAACAGUAUAUAUAAGAUGCAGGUAAAAAUAAUUGAGUUGAAAGGGUAGUCUUUUUGAAUCAAGUUAUGCUUUUAUACAGAUACAUAAAUUUUACACAUAGUCUAAAAAAUACAGGACCUACAUAUUAGUUGUACAUUAUAUCUUAUGAUCUCUAAAUGCUUAUAUUCUUUCAAGGAGAUUGCCUUCUCUUUUCAGUUGUUUUAAGUAUUAGAAAAAAAAAGGACUGCUUUAUAUAUUUCCAUUCAGUCUCUCUAAUAUUGCUUGUAACCUUCCAAUUCUCAGAGAAGUUGCAGCUAAAAUCCAUAACAUAGUGGUUAGAAAUUAUUAUUUUUGAAGCUACUGCUCUUAUCUAAUACUGGUCAUAUAUUCCAUGAAGUCUUCUGGAAAGAGCAAAAUCUUUUACUUUCUCAUGAAUGGAAAUACAAAAAGAAAGUCUUCCAUUAGACUUUGUAUAUUCAAAGUACUGUAGUGAACAUAUAUUUUUAUAGUUACUUUUCCACUGUUUAUUCAAUUUUUAAAUUUCACCAAAUGGAAUACUUCAAACAAAGGUAAAAGCUAUUCCAUUUUUGCAUCAAUUGCUUAUUUUCUAUGGAGUAUCCAAAAAUUCCUUUCAGGAAGCAAAACAUUCCCUUUCCCACCUCACAACUUUGAUCACUCUACCAUUAAAUGAAAUAGUUAGGUGUCUGUAUUUUAAUAUAAAGAAUAGCAACAACAAAAAAAUUAUGAUUUGUCCAGUUAAAGCUAUUUACACUAUGGGGAACAGAUAUAAUAAACAAACACAAUUAAAUCAAGUGUGUUUGCUAGUCCAAAACUGUAUAAUUCCUAAUUUUAAAAAUAGUAUAUAUACAUAUAUACUGAUUUACUUUAAAUGUAUAUUUAUCCAUAAGUCCAUUUAUUCAUUAACUAAUGCUUACUAAACAUUAUCUUGUACAAGUGUCUUAUUCUCAACACAGAGGACACAAAGCGACCAAGACAAGCAAAAGCCCCUGUCUCAUGGAAUUGACCUUCUAGUGGUAAAGACACACAAUGAAGAAGUACUGAUAAGUGCUAUGCUGAAAAUUAAAUUAAUAUUGUUACAUAGCAUGACUGUGGCUUCUUUAUAUUAAGUGGUAAAGGAAGUCUUCUCUGAGGAUGUGAUAUUUAAGCCGAUGUAUGAAAAGCAUGAAGGAACCAGUCAUGAGAAAAUCUGGGGGAAUUCCAGGCAGAAGGAAUAGUUUAAUGUGUGAGACUUUAGAGUGUUUUGAGGGUAGAGAGAACAGUGUGCUUGGUACACAGUUGAUGAGCCAAAGAGAGGCAAAAAUGAGAUGGGGGUCAAAGAACAUUUAUGAGGCUGCUACAGUAGUUUAAGCAAAAAAGAAAAAACAAGGUGGCUUUUGUUAGAGAAGAAGUAGUGAAGAUGGAGAGAAGUGGAUGGAUGUCGGGUAUGUUUGAAGACAGGGCUUGCUAAUGGAUUGGCCCUGAGGGAUGAAGAGAGAAAAAUUGAAGAUAAAUUCUACAUUUGAAAAAUAAGAAAUGUAGUCAGUGGUGGUGCAGGAGUAGCAGGUUUGGAGGGAAAAAAAUCAGGAGUUUGGUUUCAGCCAUGUAAUGCCUGAGAUACCUGUUAGAUAUUCAAAUGGAGAUAUUGAGCAGACAGUUGUAUAUAAGAGUUCCAAGGAGCGAUCAGGGCUAGACAUCAAGAUUUAGAAGCCAUCAAUAUAUAUAUGGUAUUCAAUGUUUUUAAAUCACCUGGGAAAAGCCUGUAAGAUAGAGAAGUAGGGCUUGAUUGAGAUCCAAGGCAUGUCAAUGUAGAAGUUAGGUGGAGAAUUAGAAACCAGCAGAGGACCCUGAGGAGUGUAAGGUAACGUAGAGAACAAAAAAACCAAUUGGCCAUCUGGAUUAAAUGCUUUAAGAAGCCAAGUUUAAAGUAAAGAAAUGGCCGUUGGGCUUGGCAACAUGGAAGUUACUGACGAUUUUGACAAGGGCAGUCUCUAUGAAGUACUGAAGUCAAAGCCUGAUUGAAGUGGAUUGAGAAGAUACUUUAGAAAAGAAGGUGGAGUCAGUAUCUAUACACAACUCUUUCAAGAAGUUUUACCAUAAGAAAGCAAGAGGAACAGGGCAGUAGCUGAGUAGUUGGAAGUAGAUAUGGGGUCAAGAAAGGUGUGUGUGUGUGUGUGUGUGUGUGUGUGUGUGUUUAGAGAAAGGAUGCUAGGGAAUAUUUAUAUAAGAAUGAGAAUGAUCUGGUAGAAAGGGGAAAACUGAUUAUGCAAGAGAGAAUUUAAUUAGAAAAGGCUUUGAGAAGUAGAAGGGUUAGGAUUCAUAGCUUAAGUUGGAAGGUUAGUUUUUGACAGAAGGAGACAGAACUACAAUGGGAGGGAAGGCAGAGUGUGUAAUAUGCAGAUAGGUUGGUAGAUUUAUGGUAGAAAUGUAAGGAUGUUACUGUGUGAGUAGUCUUACUUUACCAAGAGGAAAUAAAAGUCAGUAUAAGGAGUGGGAAGCAGGUAUAGGCUGGAGAGAUGUGUAAGUAGUUGGAAAGGGGGAACACACACACACACACACACACACACACAUAAACAUAUAUAUGUGCAUAUAUAAACAUAGUCAAUGGGGAUUUGUAUGUAAUACACCACAGGAAAAAGACCUAUUGUAUAAAAUAUAUUAAAGCCAUUUUACUAAAUAUUUUUGAGACAUCUUAUUUGGAAGACCUGAAACUGAAUUCUGAGCUUUUCCAAGGAUGCUGAUAACAGAGUCCCCUUUCCAUAAUGUAGAGAUUAAGUGAGGACUUCUCAAUGCCAUAGAUACUUCCCAUGUUUUGUUAUUUUUGUCUACUACAGUGUAAAAGACAGAAACAUCUUGUAGCCAUUCUAAUUCAAAGCUAAUGAAAAUUAGUUAAUGCUUAAAGAUGUGUAUUAUAUAUUCAAGCUGUCAAUUUUCUCAAAACACUAUUUUGAGAUGGUUUGAGCCCACAUCUGAAAUUAAAAUAAAUAACUAAAUAAAGGUAAUCAGGCUCUAAUCGUUUGGUAAAACAAUAUUUUAUUUUGUUUUGUUUUCAUAUAAAAACAUCUGUCGUUUAGGAGAAACACAAGGGCGAUAUUUUUUUUUUUUCAUUGUGCCCUGUCUAUCCUGUAGGAAGGAUGUGACUUUUUCAUUGUGCUUGGAGCUUUAUUUCUGGAUAGGCUGUAUGUAAUUCAGUGUGUUGGAAUUUAUACGUGCAUAUUUGUUCUUUGGAUUUGAUGUAAAAUUAGACUGUGAAUAAUGGAAUAAGAUUGCUCUCCAUUUUUUUCUGUUUUAGCAUAGCCAAAAAUAUAAAGAUAUAUGUGUACAUAUAAAUAUGCAUUUGAUUAAACUCAAUAUUUAAAUGGCCAUAUCAAGUAUUAAAUGGUAGAUUUGACAGUUGCAGUGUAUUCAAAAUAAAAAAGUUAUAAAAAUCUUUGUAGCACAAAUCCUAAAAAGUUUAUUUAAAUACUAAAUAGUACAUUUAUAUUAAAUGCCUAGAUAACAACUGUCUAGGUUGAGACAUUUAGUCCCUCAGAGAGUAAUAUUUGACUAAUGAUAAACUGCAGCUGAAAACAUUUUUUCUUCCUAUGAUUUUUAAAAUGUAUCUCUUUGUAACCUGUCAUAAAGUUAUUUAUCAUUAAUUAUGGAUUUAGCACUGUACCCAUCUACUCUUGCAAAAAGGGGAAAAGAUCUGUUUGUGAGAAGGAAGUGCAGCACUGCAUUAUUUUUUCUCUUUAGUAUUACAUCACUAUUUAGAGCUUCAAUAUAUGCCUUUCACUCAGGUUCCUUACACAGCCUAUGUUCUUUUUUCUGGUUGUAUCACAAUAUGGUAGAAAGAUAAACACAGUAAGAGGGUGUUUACAACAGAACUGCAAUCCUACUUAUUAUCUACUUCACUAUGACAACGAAGUAGUCCAGACUUACUUGAAUUGAAGGUGGUAUUGUUUUCAUCUUAUAAAAUCUACAGUAAUAUUAUGAUGUUCCAUGUAUAUUUUCACAUGCUGGCAUGCUUACAAGUUAUAGUGUUAUAGAAUGCUCAGCUCUCAAUGAGGGAUUGUUUGCGGUGAAUUGCAUUACAUAUGUCAUCUAUCUAUCUGCUGAAUGAAUAUGGUGUUUAGCAAAACUACCUGCUGAGCAACAUAAGAUUUUUGUACAAAGUACAAGUUACUAAUUAUUGUAUUUUAUUUUUCUAUGAUUUCCUAAGAGGCAUUAUCAGGGUCUUACAGAUGGAGUAAGCCUGUUUAUUAAAAUAUCUAUUAGCAAAUAAAAGUUACAGUUCUGGUGGUUGAAUUUGUGA